UUCACACCAUCAAUUUUCAGCGUCUUGCCAUUUUAUGCUCUUUCUUGGAGUUUUCGUUUCAAUUCCUCUCUUUUCUCUCACCUCGUAUCAAUCUUUAUUUAGAUCCUAAAUUUGAGGGUUUAUUGAUUCUGAAUUCAGUGUCUUCAGUUCUAAAGUCUACAGCUUUUGUACUUUCAACUGCAGAAACAAGUCUUUCCUGUAUAAACGUACGAGUAUCUAGCGCAAAGCUAAAAGAAGAAAUAAAAUCUUCCUCAAUGAUCGAUUUGGGGUUUUAGGGGUCAAUUACAUUUCCUUCGGAUCUUUUGCUUAGGGUUUAAGCUUGUCUUUCAGCUGCAUAUUCUUGAUUGAGACGUUCGCAGAUCGAUAAUAUUUCUUUGUUAUUAUCCAUUUCAACUGCAAAUCAUAGGAGCAAAGAUUUUUUUUUUCUCUCUUUUAAUUAAAAAGGAAGGCGACUCCGGGUUUUGGGUUUUUGCGAUAGUAUAUUCUGAUCGAAGCUUCAUAUCGGUUUGACUGAGAACCAAAAAACCGGAAGUAAAAUAUUUUUGUAAUUUUCUGGUGGAAUUUUAUUUGAAAUGGAAGGAAAGAGCUCAGUUAGGUUCACUCUUGGGAAGCAAUCAUCUUUAGCACCAGAACGGCAGCCGAAGGAUUCAGAUACGGAAGAGGAAGAAUUGGAAGAGAUCGAUCCCAGUGUGCGGCUAAUGUACGCCGCCAAUGAAGGCAAUUUGGAUGGGAUUCGUGAACUCUUGGAUUUGGGCAUUGAUGUUAAUUUUCGGGACAUUGAUAACCGCACUGCGCUUCAUGUUGCUGCUUGCCAAGGCUAUGCGGACGUGGUCUCUCUGUUGCUCGAUAACGGAGCACAGGUGGAAACCAAAGAUCGAUGGGGAAGCACGCCUCUCGCAGACGCUAUAUACUAUAAAAACCAUGAUGUGAUCAAACUUUUGGAGAAACGUGGUGCAAAGCCUCUGAUGGCCCCCAUGCAUGUCAAUCAUGCACGCGAAGUCCCAGAAUAUGAGAUUAAUGCUGAUGAGCUUGAUUUUACUAACAGUGUAGAAAUAACCAAGGGAACUUUUCGUAUAGCAUCCUGGCGUGGAAUUCAAGUGGCAGUUAAAAGGCUUGGGGAGGAUGUGAUUUCUGAUGAGGAGAAAGUGAAAGCAUUCAGAGAUGAGCUUGCAUUGCUUCAGAAGAUACGACAUCCAAAUGUGGUCCAAUUUCUGGGUGCUGUUACCCAGAGUAGUCCUAUGAUGAUUGUGACAGAAUAUCUACCCAAGGGAGAUCUUCGUCAAUUCUUGAAAAGAAAAGAAGCAUUAAAGCCAGCAACAGCUGUGAGGUUUGCACUUGAUAUUGCUAGGGGAUUGAAUUAUUUACAUGAGAACAAACCACCAAUAAUUCACCGGGAUCUUGAACCUUCAAACAUAUUGCGGGAUGAUUCUGGACAUCUUAAAGUUGCGGAUUUUGGAGUUAGUAAGUUGCUUACAGUUAAAGAAGAGAAGCCUCUCACUUGUCAAGACACUUCUUGUAGAUAUGUGGCCCCAGAGGUUUUCAAAAAUGAAGAAUAUGAUACCAAAGUGGAUGUCUUUUCCUUUGCUUUGAUCUUACAGGAGAUGAUUGAAGGCUGUGCACCAUUUUCUGCAAAGCAAGAACUUGACGCUCUAAAAUCUUAUACUGCAAAAGAGCGUCCACCAUUUAGAGCUCCAGCAAAGCACUAUUCCCGUGGACUUAAAGAGUUGAUCCAAGAAUGCUGGAAUGAGAAUCCAGCAAAAAGGCCAACUUUCAGGCAAAUAAUAACAAGACUGGAGUCAAUUUAUAACAGUAUUGGUCAUAAGAGGCGCUGGAAGGUUAGACCAUUAAAAUGUUUUCAGAAUCUGGAGGCUAUGUUGAAGAAAGAUCUUAGUCUGACUGACAGUAGCCGUUCUUCACGCUCCACAAACAGCAAGUGAAUAGGCAAGGAUUAGUUUUUCUAGUUAGCAUUUCUGUAUUCAGAGUCUGUCCUUUGUGGUAUGCUUAUGCUAGUUAAAAAAAAUGUGCUAUUUUGUGUAAUUUCACCUGUUAUGGAAUUUGAAUUCUUGAAUGUAUUUUAGCUCUCCCGUUGAAGUUACGGGUUGAGAACAUGAACGUGAUGUAUAAUGUACAUUAUGGGUGUAAUAAAAAAUCUUUAUUUUUCUAUCA